CGGUGGGGUCACCAGUAGUUUUUAUUAGCCAUUUUUCUCAUGUUUACCACUGCUCGUUACUCUCAUGUGAACAUACUUAUACUUUAUUUCUUUAAUAAGUAAUAGUCUUUAUUAUUUGUUUAUGUCCACGUUACUCAUCGCCGGACCUUCUCGCAGCAAACGCGGUUAAAGACGAGCGAGGCGAAAAGAGGAAGCAAUAGACGACCAUCUUUCUUUUUGGAUGCCAGCAGCAAUAACAAGAGAGCAGAGCUAGCUUCAAGUGUACUUUCCACACGUUUAUCAUCUUUCCUCUAUUGGGACUAAAAAAGAAGCAAGCCGAGGGAAGCUUUGCGUUGAGAUAAACGGACACCGACCACCGAGCUGACCCCCCGCUUAAGCUAGCCUUUGGGAAGUUUGCGACCAAGAAGACUGGCUGCUAAGAAUUAGUAUUCCCGUUCUUUCAUGUUUCCAACAGGUUUAUCUUCCCCUAACCCCCCACCACCGCCGACCCAGGAGGCAAGAGCGACGGCUACUGAUGUCAAAAACGACAGCAGCAACAUUAUAUCUUCGAAGAAGAGGAAAAUAAACGGCUCCGAGAGGGAAGAGACUAGCGACACCAUCUCCCCUUCGCCUCCCAAGACCCUCACCUCUUCUUCCUCCUCGUCGUCCUCUUCCUGCUCGCCCACCCCGGCGCACAUCCAGAAGAAGUUGCGCUUCGAGGAUUCCGUGGACUUCAUCGGUUUGGAUGUGAAAAUGGCCGAGGAGGCUGCCGCUGCUUCGUGCUCCAACAACAAAAGCAAAGCCGCGCUGCUGGCCGCCGGCGUGGGCCACCAUGCCAACGGACUGAGCAAGAGCGCCGCAGGCUCCGGGACCUUCUCCAACAGCAAGCCCGGAGCCGCCAAGAAACUAGUCAUCAAGAAUUUCAAAGAAAAACCCAAGUUGCCAGAGAACUACACACAGGAGACGUGGCAGAAGCUGAAGGAGGCUGUGGAGGCCAUUCAGAACAGCACUUCCAUAAAAUACAACCUGGAGGAGCUCUACCAGGCUGUAGAGAACCUGUGUUCCCAUAAGAUCUCUGCCAAGCUUUACAAACAGCUGAGGGCCGUGUGUGAAGACCACAUUAAGGCCCAGAUCAAUCAGUUUAGAGAGGGCGCGCUGGACAGUGUGCUCUUUCUGAAGAAGAUUGACAAGUGCUGGCAGGAUCACUGCAGACAAAUGAUCAUGAUCAGAGGUAUUUUUUUAUUUUUGGACCGCACCUAUGUUUUACAAAACUCAAUGCUGCCAUCUAUUUGGGACAUGGGUUUGGAGCUCUUCAGGUUCUACAUCAUCAGUGACUUGAAGGUCCAGAGCAAAACCAUCGACGGCAUCCUGUUGCUCAUCGAACGGGAGAGAAACGGCGAGGCAAUAGACCGCAGUCUGCUGAGGAGCCUGUUGAGCAUGCUCUCUGACCUGCAGAUUUACCAAGACUCCUUCGAGCAGCGAUUUUUAGAGGAGACAAACCGACUGUACGCUGCAGAGGGACAGAGGCUGAUGCAGGAGCGAGAGGUACCAGAGUAUCUCCAUCAUGUCAACAAACGCUUGGAGGAAGAGGCGGACAGAGUCAUCACAUAUUUAGACCAGAGCACACAAAAGCCGCUAAUUGCCACAGUGGAGAAGCAGCUGCUAGGAGAACAUCUCACUGCAACGCUGCAAAAAGGGCUGACACACCUGCUGGAUGAAAACAGGAUUCAGGAUCUUUCUCUCCUCUAUCAGCUCUUCAGUCGAGUGCGAGGUGGGGUUCAGGUGCUCCUGCAGCACUGGAUAGAGUACAUAAAGGCUUUCGGAAGCACAAUUGUGAUCAAUCCUGAAAAAGACAAAACGAUGGUGCAAGAGUUGCUGGACUUUAAAGACAAGGUGGACCACAUCGUAGACGUGUGCUUCAUGAAGAACGAGAAGUUUGUCAACGCCAUGAAGGAGGCUUUCGAAACGUUCAUCAACAAACGGCCAAAUAAGCCCGCCGAGCUCAUAGCCAAACAUGUUGAUUCUAAACUGCGGGCCGGAAACAAGGAAGCAACAGAUGAAGAAUUGGAAAAGAUGCUGGACAAGAUAAUGAUUAUAUUUAGAUUCAUCUAUGGAAAAGAUGUUUUUGAGGCCUUUUACAAGAAGGAUCUGGCUAAGAGGUUACUGGUGGGGAAAAGCGCCUCGGUGGAUGCUGAGAAGUCAAUGUUGUCAAAACUAAAACAUGAAUGUGGAGCAGCAUUCACCAGCAAACUGGAAGGCAUGUUCAAAGAUAUGGAGCUUUCAAAAGACAUUAUGGUGCAAUUCAAACAGUAUAUGCAGUGCCAAAACAUUCCCGGUAACAUUGAGCUAACAGUGAACAUCCUCACUAUGGGUUACUGGCCCACAUACGUACCCAUGGAAGUGCACCUGCCUCCCGAGAUGGUGCGGCUGCAGGAAAUUUUCAAGACUUUCUACCUGGGCAAACACAGCGGCAGGAAGUUGCAGUGGCAGUCGACGCUCGGCCACUGUGUCUUAAAAGCGGAAUUUAAAGAGGGUAAGAAGGAGCUGCAGGUGUCACUUUUCCAAACACUGGUGCUGCUGAUGUUCAACGAAGGGGAGGAGUUCACCCUGGAGGAGAUCAAACUGGCCACAGGAAUAGAGGACAGUGAACUGCGUCGCACUCUGCAGUCUCUGGCGUGCGGCAAAGCACGCGUCCUCACCAAAAUCCCCAAAAGCAAAGAUGUGGAGGACGGCGACAAGUUCUCUUGCAACGACGAAUUCAAACACAGGCUUUUCCGCAUCAAAAUCAACCAGAUUCAGAUGAAAGAAACGGUGGAGGAGCAGGCCAGCACCACCGAGAGGGUCUUCCAGGAUCGACAGUAUCAGAUUGACGCCGCCAUCGUGCGGAUCAUGAAGAUGAGAAAGACUCUGAGCCAUAACCUUCUGAUGUCUGAGGUGUACAACCAGCUCAAGUUUCCCGUCAAGCCUGCUGACCUGAAGAAGAGGAUAGAGUCUCUUAUUGACAGAGACUAUAUGGAGCGUGACAAGGAGAAUGCCAACCAGUACAACUAUGUGGCUUAGAGAACAAAAACGGGGACAGUGAUUGAGAGAGAUAGAGAGAGAUGCAGAUGGUCACGGCGGGCCGAAAACCCUUUUUUCGCCUCGGUGGAUGUUAACAUUGUCAUCUUCAACCCGGCUACGGACAAGCUGAAUGGAUGCCGCUCCACAGGAGGUUGUUCGUCAGGGGUUGGUCUUAAGAUUCUGUGGACUGCGCGUCCAUUGAAAGCAUAUGUCCAUAUUUCCCAGUGCCUCUGAGUUCAUUGGGCGCCUUUGGACAAAGGACACACACACGUUUUUUUCAAGGCGAGGGAAAAUAUUUAUUUUCAGUUUUUCCACACAGUUUGACGCGAUACGCUCUUUUGUUACCAAGUCACUUUUUCUGUUCACUGGCAAACGCUAGUAGUAAAUGCCGGCACACCUUCACAAGUUAGAAAACAAUGUCUCCAGCCACAGUCAAAUAACAGACUAUUGGACUGCACGUGUGGUGUUGAAAUGCUGCAACACAAAGCAGACAACUGCGCCUAAAAAAAAAAAAAAGGAGCACUUCUUUAUUCAAGCUGCUACAUUGUCAAUCUUCAGUAUUUGUUUUGGUCCAAAACAACAGAUGUGACAUUUUAACCAGCUGUGCAGCUUUUGUUUACCCCUUUUAGAUGCCAAAAGCACAAUGUCACCAUUUCGUCAACAUCUUCCAUGUUUUUUUCUUCUUUCAUUUAACACACUAAAGAGUUCAUUGGGGCUUGCAGGAAGUAAGAUGGUAAAACAUUGAAUAAACACCUUUUGUUUGUACAACAUGUUAGGCUCAUUGCUUAUGAUUAAAAACUCUUGCAAUCAGA